GCGCGUCCGGCAAUGUGUCCCACGGCCCGGGCGUAGCCGCUGCGCGUGCGCGGAACCGCGGGGCCAUGAGCGAAGCCGGAGGCGGCCGGGGCUGUGGGUCCCUGGCCCCUCAGCGAGCGCCCUGGAGCCUGGUGGUGACGGCGGCCGUGCUCUGCCUGGUGACGGCCACGUCCGUGUGGACGGCGGGGGCCGCGCCCAUGACUAGGGAGGAGAAACAGAGGCUCGGGAAUCAAGUACUGGAAAUGUUUGAUCAUGCUUAUGGCAACUAUAUGGAUCAUGCUUACCCAGCUGAUGAACUCAUGCCUUUAACCUGCAGAGGUCGAAUUAGAGGCGAGGAGCCAAGUCGGGGUGAUGUUGACGAUGCCUUGGGAAAAUUUUCCCUGACACUGAUUGAUUCUUUGGACACUCUUGUGGUAUUAAAUAAAACUAAAGAAUUUGAAGAUGCAGUGAAAAAAGUUUUAAGAGAUGUUAAUUUAGAUAAUGAUGUAGUUGUAUCAGUCUUUGAAACAAACAUCAGAGUUCUUGGGGGUCUUCUGGGUGGACACUCAUUGGCAAUCAUGCUGAAAGAAAAGGGCGAGUACAUGCAAUGGUACAAUGAUGAACUUCUGCAAAUGGCAAAGCAAUUGGGUUACAAGCUUUUACCAGCUUUUAAUACUACCAGUGGCCUUCCUUAUCCAAGAAUUAAUUUAAAGUUUGGUAUCAGAAAACCAGAAGCUCGGACAGGAACUGAGACCGAUACCUGUACAGCAUGUGCAGGUACCUUGAUCCUUGAGUUUGCUGCUUUAAGUCGAUUCACAGGAGCAACAAUAUUUGAGGAAUAUGCAAGAAAAGCUCUUGAUUUUCUCUGGGAAAAAAGACAGCGAAGUAGUAAUUUAGUAGGUGUGACCAUAAACAUCCAUACAGGAGAUUGGGUGCGAAAAGAUAGUGGAGUUGGAGCUGGCAUUGAUUCCUAUUAUGAAUAUCUGUUGAAAGCUUAUGUCUUGCUUGGAGAUGACAGUUUUCUGGAAAGAUUUAAUACACACUAUGAUGCCAUCAUGCGGUACAUCAGCCAGCCCCCUCUGCUACUCGAUGUGCAUAUCCAUAAGCCAAUGCUGAAUGCUCGGACUUGGAUGGAUGCUUUGCUUGCUUUUUUUCCAGGUCUGCAGGUCUUAAAAGGAGAUAUUAGACCUGCUAUUGAAACUCAUGAAAUGUUAUAUCAAGUGAUUAAAAAACACAAUUUUCUACCAGAGGCAUUUACCACAGAUUUUAGGGUACAUUGGGCUCAACAUCCUUUAAGACCGGAAUUUGCAGAAAGUACCUACUUCUUGUAUAAAGCUACAGGAGACCCUUACUACCUUGAAGUAGGGAAAACACUUAUUGAAAACUUAAAUAAAUAUGCUCGAGUGCCUUGCGGAUUCGCUGCCAUGAAGGAUGUUCGCACUGGAAGUCACGAGGACAGAAUGGAUUCUUUCUUCUUGGCUGAAAUGUUUAAAUAUCUUUACCUGUUAUUUGCGGAUAAAGAAGAUAUUAUUUUUGACAUAGAAGAUUACAUAUUCACAACAGAAGCUCAUCUGUUACCUCUCUGGCUCUCUACUACAAAUCAAAGCAUCUCUAAGAAGAGCACAACUUCAGAAUAUAUAGAACUGGAUGACAGUAAUUUUGAUUGGACUUGUCCAAAUACUCAGAUUCUCUUCCCUAAUGAUCCAUUGUAUGCUCAGAGCAUUCGUGAACCCUUGAAAAAUGUGGUGGAUAAGAGCUGUCCUAGAGGCGUCAUCAGAGUAGAGGAGAGUUUCAGGAGUGGAGCUAAACCCCCGCUGAGAGCCAGAGAUUUCAUGGCCACUAACCCUGAGCAUUUAGAAAUCUUGAAGAAGAUGGGGGUGAGUUUGAUUCACCUCAAAGAUGGGAGAGUCCAGUUGGUUCAACAUGCAAUCCAAGCUGCUAGUUCAAUUGAUGCUGAAGAUGGGUUGAGGUUUAUGCAGGAGAUGAUUGAAUUGUCAAGUCAGCAACAGAAAGAACAGCAGCUACCGCCCCGAGCUGUACAAAUUGUUUCCCACCCAUUUUUUGGCAGGGUAGUAUUGACUGCCGGACCAGCUCAGUUUGGGCUAGAUCUGUCUAAACAUAAAGAGACAAGAGGAUUUGUUGCAUGCAGUAAACCAUACAAUGGUUGUUCAGCGCUUACUAACCCCGAGGCAGUGAUGGGAAAAAUUGCUUUGCUACAAAGAGGACAGUGCAUGUUUGCAGAAAAGGCACACAACAUCCAGAAUGCUGGAGCCAUCGGUGGCAUUGUCAUUGAUGACAAUGAGGGAAGCAGCAGUGAUACUGCCCCUCUGUUCCAGAUGGCAGGUGACGGAAAGGACACAGAUGACAUCAAGAUCCCCAUGCUGUUCCUAUUCAGUAAAGAAGGAAGUAUCAUAUUGGAUGCUAUCCGGGAAUACGAGGAGGUGGAAGUGCUCCUUUCUGACAAAGCAAAAGACCGAGAUCCUGAAACGGAAAGUGAGCCUCAGAGUGCUGAUCAGACCACAGCAGGCUCUCAGGAGGUGGAUGGAGAGUCUCCGGAGGACAGCUCUCUGAACUCUCACUCGGAAUCAUCAACUACUGACGAUGCCGCUGCAAGCGCUUCUCCCUCCCAUCAGAAAAUUGGGCUUGCAGGCUUUGAGACUGAGUGUACAUAUUUCGAUGAAGAUGAAGACCAGUCAGAAACUGAGGAAGAUUCCAAUCCCAACGUCAGCUGGGAUCAAGACGACCAGCCCCUACAUCCCAUAGUAGCAGACUGGAAUGAAGAUAUGAAAGCAAUUAAAAUGCUGAAGAAGGCAUUGAUGAAGAAGAAAAUAGUGAUUAAGAAGGGCGAACUAUGACUCACUGAAGAAUCCGGUGGUAGGUAUUUAACAAGAGUAGGUAAACUGUGGUUAAUGGACACCCUCAUACUAAGCAGGCUCUCCAGCGGGAGGCUUUAGUAUGUGACGAGAAACCGCGUUCUGACUGGGAUAGUUGGUUAU